CGCCGGGCGGGAGCCGGCGCGGCGGGGCUGGGUGGCGGGUUUAUGUGCUGCGAGCGGGGCCGGGGCGGGCGGCUGGAGCGGCGGCGGCGGGGCGGGACAGCUGGAGCACCAUGGGUGUGAUAAGUGUACAGUUGGUGAUUACCAUGGUAAUGGCUAGUGUCUUACAGAAGAUCAUACCUCACUGUUCUCUUGCUCGCUGGCUUCUCUGUAGUGGCAGUUUACGGUGGUACCAGCACCCUACUGAAGAAGAGCUACGGAUUCUUGCAGGGAAACAAAGAGGGAAGAACAAAAAAGACAGAAAAUAUGAUGGUCAUGUUGAAAACAAACCCCUAACUAUUCCAAAAGACAUCAAUCUUCAUCUGGAAACAAAAUCUGUCACUGAAAGGGACACUAUCGCUUUGCAUUAUUUUCCAGAAUAUCAGUGGUUGGUGGAUUUCACUUUUGCAGCUACAGUUGUGUAUGUGGUGUCGGAAGCCUAUUGCAGCAUUGUGAAGACCUCGCAAGAAAUGAAUAUCAGUGUCGUGUGGUGUCUGCUUGUCUUGGCUUUUGCAGUUAAGGUACUGUUUUCGUUGACCACACAUUAUUUCAAAGUAGAGGAUGGAGGUGAAAGAUCAGUUUGUGUCACCUUUGGUUUUUUCUUCUUUGUGAAAGCGAUGGCAAUUCUCAUUGUGACAGAAAACUAUCUUGAGUUUGGACUGGAAUCAGGAUUCUCGAAUUUCUCGGAAAGUGCUAUGCAGUUUCUUGAAAAGCAGGGUUUGGAAUCCCAGGGUCCUGUGUCUAAACUAACCUUCAAAUUGUUCCUGGCUGUUCUGUGUUCACUUAUUGGUGCUUUUUUGACAUUCCCUGGCUUGCGACUGGCUCAAAUGCAUCUGGAUGCUCUGAAUUUAGCAACAGAAAAAAUAACACAAACGUUGCUACAUAUAAACUUCUUGGCACCUUUAUUUAUGGUUCUACUGUGGGUUAAACCAAUCACUAAGGACUACAUUAUGAACCCACCUUUGGGCAAAGAGAGCAUCCCUUUGAUGUCAGAAGAUACAUUCGACACUGUGAGGUUGUGGGUUAUAAUCCUGUUGUGUGCUUUGCGGUUGGCUAUGAUGCGUCAUCAUUUACAAGCCUAUCUGAAUUUAGCGCAGAAAAGUGUGGAUCAGAUGAAAAGGGAAGCUGGCAGAAUAAGUGUGGUUGAUUUACAGAAAAUGGUGGCUCGGGUAUUCUAUUAUCUUUGUGUAAUUGCACUGCAGUAUGUUGCACCAUUGGUAAUGCUCCUUCACACAACUCUGCUCUUGAAAACACUAGGUAAUUAUUCUUGGGGCAUCUACCCGGAAUUGAAUUCUGACAUGCCAGUAGAAAACAGUCUGCUUCCCAGCUCAGUUUAUUCUGAGUCUCCACCUGCUGAUGGAAAGAUGAAAGUAACUGCAGUACAAAUAACAAUGGCUUUGGGAAGCCUGAAGAAUAUUUUCACUCCUGUCUUGUUCCGGGGACUCCUGUCUUUCUUCACCUGGUGGAUUGCUGCUUGCCUAUUUUCUACAAGCCUUUUUGGGCUUUUCUAUCAUCAAUACCUAACUGUGGCGUGAGCAGGUCAACUGACAAAGCAAGUGUGAGGUCAUACACUAGAUACGAACCCAGGUACCCAAGAAUGGAUGAAGAGAGAAGAAGAAAAUUAUUUAUGAGGAGAAAACAUAUCAGAAUUUUUUUUAAACACGUCCUCUGUAUUCUCAGGGUGAAUAUUCUUAAAAUGUUUAAAAUUGCAACUGAUUUUGGUUUUUUUGUUACCCAAAUGGUAGGUAACUGAUUGAAUUAUAGGAUUGGGACUGACUGACAUGAUUAUGUGGCAGGUGGUGGUGAGCGUGCUGAAAAGAUAUGACCUCUGAAUAUCCUGGGUUUCCAUAAAGAGCAAGCCAACCUCAAAACCUUGCUUUUUAAACAUCAGCGGUCAGUGACUAAACUGUGUUAGAGUUAUAGUUAUAGGUUAUGGUUAUAGUUAUAGUUUUAGGUUAUAGUGAUGGUGGCUGCCUAUCAAUUAAAUCCUGAAACUGAGCCAUACAAUGAAAGGAGAGAGGGGAUAUUAUAAAAAAUUCUGUUGGAUAGCUAUCGAUCACUUUUCUCCAUGAAAAAUGAAAUAAUCCAACAGGACAAAAGAGAUACUGUAUAUUACAGUAAGGAAAAUUGUAUAAAAUUUAAAUUUAAUAGGAAUAGGUGUAUGGACCUGACAGGUAUUGCUGCCUAAAUAUUUUGCAGAAGUACUUGUGCAGUGAGAUGAGAGUUAUAAAAAAUAUAUUAUUUCAGUCCCUGCAGUCAUUUUGAAGUAAUGGCCAUCUGUAUUGGUGCUAAUAUUGAUCCACAGAGUCCAUUUGGAUCUUUUAAAUUUUUUCUUUUCAGGUAAUAGCUAAAAUCCAUUGAAUUCACAAAAUAAUAGUAGAUUAGUGACACCAUUCAAGCAUUUCAAAACAAAACAGUUUAAUCCUGCUGACUGAGAGUAUAUGUAUCUGUGUAAUGUACAUAUAAAUAUAUAUUAUAUAUUAGAUAUAUAAUAUAUAUGAAAUUACAAAUAAUGGAAACUUUAUUUUAAAUUACUGAAUGUAUCUUACAGGGCCGUGGGGGAGGGAUGUAUGUGUAUCUAGUAAUUUCAAAAUCCCUUUAGAAAUGAAAAUUAUUUUUUUUUUUUUUGAAAGUUCAGUUGAAAGGGCUAUUAGGUUUUGGUGCCUCUUCAAAGGUACUUAGCUAUACUAAAGAACCUAUACUCUUCUGGAAGAAAAGAUCUGCUUAAAUUGUUAAUCCUGAAAUUUCUGUUCUGUCAGAUCACCUUUAGCCACUCUGAUCUGUGUUGACUUGGCCAUAUAAUAACAACUAAUAUCUCUUGGCUUCAAAACUAGAUUUUCUGUAUAAUUAAACAGCUAUAGUAGGGAGGAGCAAAAAGCAUUAACUUUGCAAGUUUUGCUUAACUGGAGGAGUAGAUUCCAAGUAUAAAACCAUUGCAAAACAAAGUAGAAUGACAACUUUUCAGAUGUUUUGUGUAACUGCAAAACAAGAAUGGGGAUUUAUAUGCAGUAGUUUUUUCUAAAAGUUAAUAUUACACUUUGCAGAGAUCAGUGGGUUUUUUAACUAAUAUUAGCUGGUUUUGUGUUACUGUUCUUUUUCUCUUGAAUUUGUGUACAGCUUUCGCAUAUGAUAAGCAUUUAUAAAUGGAAAAGCUUAACAAAAUAUUUAAUAUGUAGCAAACCUAUGGUAUAGGAAAACAAACUGUCAAUGAAUGCAGAAAAUCAAGAAUUGAAGCUGGUGGUAAACUGUCUUAUUAUGUUGAAUGCCUUUUUAAGUUAUUUAUUAGUUUAUUAAAUUGCAUUUACUGAUACUAGGGAGCGAUUUGUGUACAACAGCUACCGCAUGCGUUUGGAUGUCAGAGAACACCUUGCAUGGCUCUGCAAGUUUCAUUGCAGUAUGAUAUUUCAGUGUUGCUGGUGCUGCAAGCUACGUUUUUCCACACCAGCUUUUCAUAACUAGUGGAGACAAAGGCUUAACCAUGUGUAUUGGCCUAAAGAAAAAUAUUUAACUUUAUAGGUUCAUAUCUCGAAACGUUCCUAGGAAAUGUCUUUCAGAUGAAUAGAAUGACAAAAUAUGACAGGUCCAGCAAUAUUGGACCCACUUUCUAUUAGUUUGAGGUGUAUCAUUACUAAUAGAACUAAUAAGUCCAGCACUUAAGUUAUAGUUAGAUAUGCAAUGUCAAUAUUGUAUUCAGGAAGAUAAAACAGUAUAAGCGAGACUGAUUCAGAUAGUGAACUUGGCUGAAGGAGCUCGCUAUAUAGAAGAUAUUACCCAUGACUGGAGUCUGAAGUGUAGGAAAAAAUUUUGGAUACUGGACAUGACUUCAAAAUAACAUUAAGUAACAGGGUUUCUGAUGGCAUAGGUAUUUGUUCCGAAAGUUUGUAAGUAGAAGUGAACUGUAGUUCUAUAAUACUGCAUUCAGCAGAGGUAAUUGAUCACGUGCGUAGCUGAGUUUCGCAGAGCUUUUGGUAAGAGUGCAUGCUGUCUAUUCUUCAGAUGUCACGCUGAUCACAGUGAAAAAUAGGCACCUGGAUGUUGCUGACAUUAAGAUCGAUGCUUCUGGCCAUUGCUGCCUCAUUGUUCCGCAGAACUGCAUGGUUGACCUUCUGGUCAGCAGUCUGGUCUGAGUGGGAGAUGAUCUUUUUUUGGAUCCAUUUAAACUUUACAUGAAUCUAGGAGGCUUAUUAAAAACUAAAAUAUAGCAAUAAAUACCUUUGAAAAGUGAGGUGGCAGUGAAACUGGAGGGUGCAUAUUGCUGUGGUUGUGAGCAAUGUUUCUUACAACUACGUGAUGUGCUCAAAAGUGACUUUUACAGUAGAACAGCAACCCUUAUAGUCCUGACUUCUAUGUAUGUUAUGUAAGCUUUGAAGGAGUAUCUGCUCAAUUCUUUAGUAAGUUCCUUUAAAACAGCAGCUGGCCAAUGCUUUUUAUUUUUUCAUCAGCACCUGGGGGUAGGGAGGAAGCAUCCUGCAGAAGUGGAAAAGCAAGUAUAACAUGACUGAAAGAUCAGUAGUUUUUAAAUCAGGAUUCCUAAACAUUUUGUCUUUCUUUUGCCCACUGCCUACUUAAUUUCUGAGAGAUUUUAGGAGGAAAAGUGCCUUUGACAAAGAACCAAUGUUUGUUUCUUUCUUCAUCAAUUCAGAUCUCCCUUUCUCAGUCCAGUAGUGUGACUUGUUAGCUUUACUUCUUUUUCCUGUCCGCAACUUUUCCCCUGCGUUCCUGACACAGAACUGACUGGACUAGAUUAGUUCAGGCUUGUAUUUUGGCUUUUAUUGUUUUGGAUUAAAUUAAUCUCUAUUCUAAGGAUUAGUUGUUUUAAAUAGUUUAAAUAACUUUGUUCAUAUUUCAGCUGUAAUUCAAACUUAUUAAGAUUGUUUAAACACUGCACUUUUACUAUAGAAGUCCCUUUAGACAAAGUAUUCGGAUAAUGAUAAAUCCAAGUCUUCCAUUAAGUUCAGAGAAGACCAGAUGUAAUGAUUGGGCUCUUUCUGAGCUUAGAGGAGUUGAUUAGGAAAAGGAGAAUAGAUUAUUACAAGCGUAUACUUCCACUUCACAGGUGAUGUUCUCAGGCAACACUUGUUCUCUUUUGAUACCUGCUCAGGCUAUAGGAUUUGACAGGUUUUAAAGUAUUUUUAGCGGCAAUUUUUUCCUUUUCCAGACUUGUCUAAGAGUCAACGGACAAAGUAGUGGAGGGAAAACGAGUAGUAUCCAUACUAGAGAACAUCCUUGUGCAGGAUAUACUUUAGAAAAUUUAUUUCUAUGGCAGUUGUUCUCCUUUUGAUCAGAGGUACUGGAUGGUGUGUGAGUGGAGAUGUAUGCUUGCCUGGGUUUUGAAGUUAAACUUGCCUACAAACAAACAUGCCACAACACAGUUCUGCAGUGUAACCUUAGUCUAGAAAGUGGUUAGUGAGUACAGAAAUUUCAACUAACUUCACAGUAACAGUUAAAAGUUUUGUAGUUUCUUUCAGUAGCUGCAGCUAAGUGUUAAUAGAGUUCAAGGUUGUAUUGCAUCCAGAAUUUAAAGUAUCUGAUCUUAAAGCUGUUUGAAGGCUCUACAAGGUGAAAGGCGUUAUGCCUUUCAGUUCUCAAAGGCCUGUGUUUUCUUUUUAAACAUUGUUUCUCCAGAGAAGAUUUUGAACAGUUAAAAUGCUAUGCUCCAUGCUUUGUCAGGUGACGUGAUUUGCACAUUUUUUGUUAGCUACAAAGCCCCCAGACUUAGCCCUGCUGGUCAUUUUGUCAUUAUGAAGUUUCUAGAAACUUUUAGUCAAGAUUGAAGAAUUAAGUGCAUGGUGAAAAUGGACACAUUGAAUGAAAAUAAGGCCAAAGAAAGUCCUGUGUUCUCUUUGCUUAUGGCAAAGCAAAAUCUUGACAGAGGAAGGCAACUACAGGUCACAUCUAUCCUAAAUCAUAUAUUAAAUGUGGAUGUUUACCCUUAUGAGUAAAUAAGACUGUUACUUUCAGCAUCUGCAGCCUAAGUCCUAAGUCCCAAAUGGUAAAUUAAGAGCAAUAUUCUGACCUCACUGACAUUUACUCUGAAGAGCAUCUAGGCAACAAGUGUUGAAGCCAAAUAUCUGAUCUACAUAAGCAAACUGAUGCAGAAUUGUCAGUCUGUGCUUCAGAGUGAUUUUUUUGCUACUUCUUCUUUAGGAAGGUCUGCCGUGAUUUGUGUCUCUGGCAGCCCAUGCACUGGAAUGGAUGAUGUCUCUAAUCUAUACUUCUAAUGCUAGACUGAAAGGUUGUCUUUCUCUGUGGGAGAGAUCGUUAAGGCCAAGAUGUUAUUUCAAGGCUGCUUUUACUGACAUCUUUAUAUGCUGCACUUAAAUUUUUCAAGUCUUUCACUGUGGACUGCCAGGACAGUAAUGUUGCACUGGACAUUGUUUUGCAUGCCAGUGUAUAUGUAUAUUUAUAAUUUUGAUUUCAAUGGCAUUUUUAAUGGGAAUUAUUUUAAAUCCUGAUACCAUGGAUCAUCCUUCCUUUAUUUUUAAUUAAUAUCAGUGCCUGCAACUAGAAGUCAAAUACUUCUGCGCUAAUUAUUUUCUUCAGACUUGAUGUCCAGACUGAAAUAUUAACAAGUAUGUAGUUUUAUACUGAAGUGUGAAAUCCACCUGUAAAUACCAAACUUUUUCCAGAGGUGAUCACACAUCCAUUAGGAACUCUUAUUCAGAUUUGCAGGAUUUCUCUAAACAACGUGCUAUCCAUAGGACUCUGCUGUUUAUGAAACAAACACACACUUCGUCAGAGUUUUGAGAGUAGGUUUUUACAAAUUCCUUAAUAGUAGGCAAUUUCUAUUUAUUUCAUGAUGCUGCUAAGUAUUUUUUAAAACCUGGCUUAAAAUUUCUUGUGCUUGAAGUCAGCCUUGCUCCCUUUUCCUCUGGUCAUUGUAACUCUGCUUCCUGUAUGUGUACUAAGCUUCAAGAAUGCAUAUUUAUAGUAUUUUUGAUAAAAAUGUAGGACAAAGAAAAAACACACCAAAAAUGUUAUUUAGUAAAUACAGUUCAUACCCGUCAUGAUGUGCCAACAAACGGUUUUAGUUUUACUGUCUUUAGUCAUUCCUUUGUCCCAUUGUUAACAAUUUUGCACAUUUUCAGUAUGUGAGGUUUUCUAGGAAGAAUACCUGUGGGGAAGUAACUCUGUAAUAGUAAUCACAGGAAACUUUGUCUAAUGUUUCAGUUUUCGCUUUUAUGUGAACAAAUAUUAAUGUGAAGAUGCUAUUAAAUAAUUUAAGCCUACAAUUUCUCACAAGGUAGACUUGCUACAGGGAACAUCCUCCAAGCUGUAAAUAUUUUACUUUAAAUAUGUGUCUCUGUUGCUGGGAUCACACAUAUAUUCAAUGUUGUUGUUCUGUUAGUAGUCUUUUUUUUUUGUCUUUUAAAGUGAAAAGCAGACAGUACUUCCUACUCUAGAGCAAACCUAAGAACAAAAGACUGCCCUCCCUUCAUUUCAGUAUUUGCCAAAUGCGAAAGAAUCUGGUGUUAUUUAUGUAAAUUUUAACUUCCUCUUAUUGCUAAAUUACUGUUAAAAUACAGGUUUUGUAGCUACAACUUUACAAGUAUUAAGACUGUCAUGCUUCACAGUGAAGAUAGUGUCAAAUACUUGUUGCAUUAUAUUGACCUGUCCUGACUGGUGUUGCAUUACCUGCUGUUUCAAAACAAAUUGUCUUGUUUGUGUUAUGCUUUAGAGGUUCAUUGGGAUCUGUGAACAGGAGAGUGCAGCACACCAGGGAAAAAACAGGGAGUCGCUUGGUUUUGGGUGGGGGUUUUGUGAGCGUUUGUUGGUUGGUUUAUUUGGUUUUUUUUUUUUGAUGUCUGUGUGGAUAAUGUUAAGGUACAAUUACUACAAAUAAUAAACAACCUACAGUAACAUUGCAUUCUCUUUGUACACUGUAGACUAAAGUGCCUAAAGGUGAGUCGUCUCUAGAAGACGUGCUUUAUACAUUUCUUGCGUGUGUCAUUGUAGCUAUUUUGCUACAUAUUAGAAGGUUAACUUUUGGAAAGAAAAUGAAAGGAUUGCUGGCCUUUAAAAGGGAGUUUGCUAUAAAAUUAUUGUUUUCUUACAAGUUUGGGCGUUUAGAAAUGUCUAUGUGUGUUUAUGGGUCAUUACUUAUUGGAGUCAAAUAAUAUAUCAAAGAAAUCUUUUUCCAUUCCUUGCACUUUAAUGGCAGUCUAACAGCUUUGCCAACUACAAUAUAACACCCCACCGCCACCUAGGCAUUCAGUUUUCUUUUUGGCUAAAGAAAGGGACUUGCACAAUUCUGAAAGGAUUGACCUUAACAAAGUUUUGUAGUGACACUGUGGGUGUUCCUUAUGCCCCAGUUGCACAUGGGUGACUUCAGCCAGGUAAGUAGUUCUGCUUGAGCUCAGAAGGGCUGCAAUGAAGUUCACUGCAUCGACGUGGAUUUGGGGCACAAAUAGCACAAAAGAGGUGGAUUGUAAGGUGACUGGCUGAAACAGCAAAGCAGCUCGCAGAAAAAAAGGUGCAAGUUAUACAUUACAUUGUACCAGUUCUGUAGAAUGUUCUUAGGGUGUUGAAUAGCAAAACCACCCUUACCUUUCAGCUACUUCCCCACCUCAGAGAAUGGCAAGAGCUGAAGUGAAACCUUCCUGGUCUGUUUCAGCAGGGAAUAAAAAUGCGAGGAAACAGCAGUUGCCUAUUUUUGCGUUAAUUGUGUGUUCUGAAUGUGAAAUGCUUGUAAGAUGAGAUGGUGGUGGCAAUUCAAAUCUACCAAAGGAAGUCUUCCUCGAAGGAAGACUAUUAAAAACACUUUGAGCUUCUAGCUCUAAAAAGUGUCUGUAGCAAUCUGUACUGUACUUAGUGCACUAUUUGGGAAAACUUGUUCCAGUAAAGCUUGUUAAAUACUUCCUUACACUAUGUGUAAGAAAUUACUUUUUUUUUUUUUUACAUUACAGCAUUUAAGAAGCUGGUUUUGACUUGCUUAGUGUUACCAUGUAUCAGGCAGCAUUUUAAUAAUGUGAAAAGAGUAAGAAUUGGUUUGUUAUCUAAACACCUAAAUUCGUUUAGUGUCAGUACAUCUUGCAAAGUGAAGAUUACACUUUCUUAUUCACCAUUCAUUCUGUCGAAAUGUUAUAAUUUUAACUUUGUUUUUAUAAUGCACACGUUAUUAAAAAUAAAUUUAUAUCUUUUAGUUGGUAAUGGUAGUACCACAGCAAAUCUAAGAGAAACUGUGAUAUCUGCUGUAUAUCAACUGCCCCGUCAACUUGCUUGCCUUUGUAUAGCGUUGAUCCAUGUUGGACAUUUCACGGCUAGUGUGGUGAUGCUCAUACAGUAUCUUAGUAUCCCUACAUGUACUCUGCAUGUCUUGCAUUUGUGCACUGUAAAUGGAUAGACCGUUUUACACUACUUACUCUAGAUUUAAAAAAAACACCCUUCGAUUAUUUUAUAUAGUAUUUCCCAUAUCCAAAGUAGGAAAAUUUCUAAAGCCAAAGAUCAAUAAAUGUUUAUUGUCUUAUCAGUGUGAUUUUUUUUACCCUAUUUUGUAUGACACAUCUUUCCUCUUAACAACUUGUGCAAAACCUCCAAGUUUGCCAAAGAAUGUGUAGUAACCAGACUUUUUCUCGGUUUCUGUGCUAGCCCAAAUAGUUUAUCUUUUUUACAAAUAAUUUAGUAGACCAUUUAUUCCCUCCCUGUUUGGGGUGCAGCAGAAUAAACAGUUUUCUAGCACAAGUGCAGAUAGUGUCUUAAUUACGUGAGUAACAGUUUGCCCACAAAGAACCACUUACAGAUGUGAUACAAAUGUUCUCAUUUCUGAGUGUUUCAGGAUUAAAAUUUGGGACCUAUUUUAACUUCCUGGGGAAAAGAUUAGUUAUAUGCUGUCGCAAGUGGAGGAAGUUCUGAGCUUCCCAGUAGGCUGACAGGAUUUAUCACCUUUCUUGUUGACUUUCACCCUUCCUGGUAGGAAACCACUUAAAGUGUUGUAUUUGCUGUCUUAAAAAAAAAGAGAGAAGUGAUGUAUUUAAAAACAUACUAUAUGGUCUCUUCUACUUCUUUCAUCCUUACAGCAUUAAGAAGGAAUAUACUUAAAGUAAUAACAUCUUGUAUUUGGCUUUUUUCAUUUGAUUUUUGGAAUAUCGGAUUUACUUAUGCAUGGAUUUUCUUUCCAUGUUUGCAACACCUGCAGAUGAAUGAUACCAAAACUUCAAUUAUAAAGGACAGUCCUGCUGCAGAGAGGAAAAGUGCCCCUGCAGUACCUAGGAAGAGCCAGUCUGGAUUUUUUGGGCAGUGAUUUAAUAAUGGACAGGGCAUUUGGAACCCCCUCCUGAAAGUGAUCAACCCAUCCUAUGUUUUAGGGUGAGUUUAGAGUCAGGUUAGGAGGAAAGGUAAUGAGCUAUGGUGGGAGAUUUGUACCUUAUAAUCCAUCUCACCUUUCUGCUUUCUCCAUGCAAUCUGAAGCUUAAGACUUCACGAUCCCCAAGAUUUGUAGUAGAACAGGUAUUUAGCCUGGUGUGUUCCUCUCAACAGUUUUUGUAAUCCACACUUCUGCUUUGGAUAGUGUGUUGAUGCCAGUUUGCUGCUUCAAAGUUCAAAUUAUUCAACAGCUGCCAUCGCAGUGUCGGUCCUUCUUAAGAUUUAUUCUGGGCUAGGUUUCUGUGCCCAACAAAGUUUGGUGUGGUCGAACAUCAAAAGGACUUUAGUGGGAACUGUACUAAACACAAUUGGGUUGUUUGGGCUCUAGAGCAUCUUUUCUACCUUCGAAAUGCCCAGGUGCUGCAGAGCUCAUACAACUGAGCAAAUGCCUGGAAAAAGCAUCCAUCCCUGCGCUAGCCGUAGCCUUGACACCAGUGAAGGUGUGUGCUGUUCUUAUGGCUCUCCACGUUCUUCUGCUCUGCUGCAAGAAGCAGCUGCGAAAGCCUUGGCUGCAUGCUCCUGGAAUGGAAGUGAUUUCAAUGGUUGUAUGAAGUCUGGAUAUGAACCCAUCAGGUUCAGACUCUGAGGCCCUGCUGAUUUAUGAGAUCUUCAGUGAGGAAAACUGGCAAAACUCACCUCUGCUUUGAAGUGCAAGCAUGUGUGAUGCACUGUAACAGCCCACGGACUACCAAACUUCUUGAAAUGUGAAUUUUAGCAGAGUAUGUUCUACCAGAGAGUGUACUCCAACCAGGAGGGCGAGCAUCUAGUACCUGUCCCUUACACUAGCUGGUGUGGAUGGGGCUGAUGAAAUUCCUGCUGUUUUGCUUCAGAUUUUAUGAAAAAUUUUUGAAGAAGAUGUAAAGAAAAUACCGUUGAUGCCUGCUUAGUGGACAGGCUAACUAGUGGACUGCAACUGGGGUGCAGCAGAGACUAAAAGAUCACUCUUGAAGGAAUAUUCAGUUUCCCUCUAAAUCUGCAUUAAAAAGCAGAAAGUAAUUUGUUAUAUGUGUUCUGGAGUCAAUCCUGCAAUAUUUGCUGUUUCUUAUAAUAUCUAAGUGUUUAAAAGACCUCUCCAAAACAUCAUUUGUUGAGGGUUAGCAUUUUGCUUUUCCAGGGUCUGGGAGAGAGGCAGCUUCUCGGUUCUUGAACUGUUGGAGCCACUUUGUAGUUCUGUCUCUCUUGGAAGUUGAAAGGAAAAUAAAGCAUUCUUCUUUCUGAGUCAUGAGAUUCACAGGCUAUCUUCAGUGAUUUUGGAUAAACAAACCAUGCCUGUGUUCUUCCCACCUGUUAAAUUUGAAAGCAGUUUUUCAAUGAGUGUAGAACUUCUGUGAUUUCCUUAAAUGCUCUUUUUUUUUAUAAACGUACAGUGUGUAGUGUGAAGCUGUUGUGCUUAUGUCAGAAACUAAAUACAGGCUCUUUGUCGGAGUUAGAUGUGUCUGACCUUUAGGAUCACAGAUGUCCAGUUUCUUCCCAUUCAUUUGGAUUGUUUUGGGAAUAGGACAGACCUGCAGGUUUUGGUACUGAAAUCCAUUUUUCUUCCUUGCGUGAGCACAUGCUGUUCCACUCCUACCCUGUUAUUUGUAUUGGCCUGAAAUACAAACUCUUCAGCCCAAACACCUGUAUCUUGUGCAAGUUGCCAGAUUUCCUUUCCUCUUGUUCGCACAGUGGGAUUGUUACUGUCGUCUGCCAGGCAGCAUGAGCUUACAGGAGUGGGGAAGGGGGCAUGGAGGGAAGCGGGCACAGCAGAGUUGGUAUAUCAAGGGAUUUGGGCUGCAAUUUAAAGAAUGAAAGGCACAGAAAGCAGUUGGACUGGGCAGGGAUUUGUUUGCCACAGGAAAGUACGGCGUGGGGAUUUGGCAGUUAUAUAUACACACCUAAAAACCAUGUGGGAGGUGGGGAGUGAGUGUGACUUGUUACAAAACAAAAGGAGUGUGUUGGAGAUUGUGUUGUGUAGAGCAGGAAAAGUCAGACCAAUGCCAUAAAACUGCAGGUUGAGGCGUUGUGCAUUGCUGACUUUCCUGUGAAAACCUGGGGAAGCUGUCAAGGAUUUAAAGACUAGAAAAAUUACUUUUAGUGAGAAAGUUGAAAGAACUCUGCAGAGUAUCAAGGGAAGAUUCAGAGGCUAAAAUACCUUAAUUUGGAAUAAAACUGCAUAGAGAAGGAUUUUAAUCUUAGAGGAAGGCAAAAUGGGAACUGGAGACUGUAACCUGACACUAGACAAAUUACAACAGUAGAAAAUGCAGUUUUAACGGUGUUAAAAUUGAGUCACUGGUUGCAUUACAACCUGAAGUGAUGAAUUCUCCACUGGAUUAUCUUUAGACAUUCUCUGCUAUAGGUGAGUGACUUCCUGCUUUCAGUGUAAGUAUAAUCAACAGAAAGUAAUGGAACCAGGGGAUUAAACAACUAAGCCAUUGGUUAAUUCAGUUUUAUUUUAAAUAUGAGAAUUUAUGAACUUUUGGAUUGGCACUCUUAUGGCUUAAUUGCUCCAGGGCUAGGAAGAAAUGCACAAACUUAAUUUCUUUAACCCCAAGUAUGUGUAGCCAUGCUUUAUAUUGCAUAUGUUUUAAUGCCUUUCAGAAGUUGUAAGUGGCGAAAGAUUUUAAAAUACAAUUUUGCUGAUAUCUAGAAAAAAGAUAAUGUAAAUCUGAAAAUAAAGAGAUAUGAGGUAAAAAAAUACAAAAGUUGCAUUCUUUCUGUCUAGAGGCAUAAUAACAUCUUGGAAAAUAAAACUCUCUUGAAGUUCUUUUUCUAAAAGAUGCCAAAUGAGACUCCACGUCAAGAGUGGAGUCAGAAUGUUACUCUUACAAAGUUCGAAUUGAUGCUGCAAUUUUAUGAUUCUUACUUCUCAGUGAAAAAAUAAAGCAGGUUGGUUCCUUAGGUAAGCAGCUAGAUGAGAUCUCAAAAGCUGGUGCUUAGAUUUGAGUUCAAGUUUGUGCUGAAUUUUAAGACUCCACUUCUCUUAAAUGCCUGGAGGUAAGAAUCAUUUUGCUCUUUUCCUCUAUGUAUCACAAUAAUAACAAUAAUAAUUAUUAGCCUUUUGGCAGCUAUAAUAUUGACUGUUUCGUGCUACUGUCGACAUAC